AUGGGCCAAACAAAACAAGCGCGGAACCAGUUCCGGUCAUUCCCGGGGGCGAACACGCUGCGGGUCUCCAUGGCGCGCAUCGACUACUCGCCGGGAGGGCAGAACCUGCCGCACACCCACCCGCGCGCCACCGAGAUCAUCUACGUCACCCACGGCGUCCUCGAGGUGGGCUUUAUCACCACGGCCAACAAGCUUUUCGCCAAGACCGUCACCGUCGGGGAGGUGUUCGUCUUCCCGCUCGCACGGGCUCGUGCACUUCCAGCAGAACGGGGGCACGGCCCUGCCUCCGUCAUUGCCGCCUUCAACAGCCAGCUCCAGGGCACGCAGGUCAUCGCCAACACUCUCUUCGCCGCCACGCCGCCGGUGCCCAGCGACGUGCUGGCCAAGGCAUUCCGGGUCGGCAACGAAGACAUCGACGCUGUCAAGGCCAAGUUCAAGUAG